AUGGAUAAUAAUGUCUCUGUAACCAGGAGGAACCUGGUGCAGGCUGGAAUGGGUGUAUCAAAGGUUUUUGUGUUAUGGUACAAAAAAAGAGUUUUCAAACAACUUUUGGGUGAACUCACUGUCAUAUGGCCAGUGGCUCCUUUAGAUGACGAAGCUUAUAGUAUAAAAAAUCAGAGCCUGAAAGCACUACGACUUGUUCAUCGCUGGUACUUCGCAGUAAAUAUAUCUGGAGUAUGGUUUUAUAAUUUGACCCCAAUGGGUAUUUAUUUAUAUCAAAUUGCUCGCGGUGAUCAUGCUCGUUUGGGUUUUAUUUGGGCAUCAUGGUACCCGUUCGAUAAGACACAACCUGUUGCUCACGUAUUUGUGUAUAUUUUUGAAAUAAUAGCUGGACAAACUUGUGUGUGGGUUAUGAUUUGCACAGAUUUACUAUUCUCUGGUAUGGCAAGUCAUAUUGUUCUUCUUCUUCGUAUUCUUCAAGGACAACUGAAAUCUCUUUCAGUCUCUGAUAAGACAGAAGAUGAAUGUUAUCAUAAUAUUAUCAAUUGCAUAAAACUUCAUCAACGCCUCAUCAGAUAUUGUAAAGAUAUCGGAGAAGCUUUUUCCUUUGCAAAUUUAGUGAACAUUGUACUAAGCUCAGUGAACAUAUGCUGCGUUGUUUUUGUUAUCGUCCUCUUAGAACCUAUGGUGGCAAUAAGCAAUAAGCUGUUUCUUGGUUCAGCGUUAAUCCAAAUAGGCAUACUAUGCUGGUAUGGGCAGGACAUUAUUCAUGCUAAUGCAAACAUUGCUGCAGCAGCAUACGACAGCGACUGGUACAACAUGAGUCCACGAUGCAGGCGUGCUUUAUAUUUCCUCCUACAAAGAGCCCAGAAACCAAUUUCAUUCACCGCUAUGAACUUCACAAAUAUUUCGUUGGUUACGUAUACCGGGAUUUUAACAAGAUCUUACUCCUACUUCGCUCUUCUUUACACACUUUAUAGUGAAAAUUGAACUAAACUGGACCAGAGAGAGCAUCUCUACAAGUCUGCAUACCUACCUACUUUCAAU